AUGGACCAGCGCACCUCGCCCAACGGACUACAGAACGAGUCGCUCAACGACAACAUUGGACACAGCUUGGCGGGCCGUAUUGAUGGGCAGAAUAGUGCAAACACCGCUUCUGCCUCAUUUCUAGGGAAACGCAGCACUAUAGAGGAUGAGCCACACCCUGAUGAGCACUCGCAUCCUUCCGCCGGUAGCGAUACCGACAAUGAAACUGCUGCAAAAAAUAGCACAAAGCGGCUUAGGUCACAAAGUGGCAUUAGGGGUGGGGCCCCAGGCAAAAGUACCAGAGCCCGUGGACGUCCACCUAAAGGGGCCUCAAUGUCUCAUCUGCGUGAUCUAUGGCCUCCCCCUGGCCCUCGCGAGCAACAUUUUUUCCUUCCCGUAGCGGUGCACUCGGAAGCUAACCAGUCACAUCCCAAUGGCGAUGCUAAAGGAUUGACGUUGAAUAGGCCACGAGGUAUUGCAACUCGUGGGCGCUCGUCAAGAGCCACAAGCUCCUUGCCCUCGAUCCGUGGGCUAUUCGUACCCGUUGGCAGCUCUUGUACACCGUGCGGGCAGUACUUCCCCAUUCCGGUAUCGUUGGACGUUUAUGAAGAACUCAUCAACGGUGAUGUGGAGCCAUGCAAGACGGUCAGCCCGUUGGCCUUGUCGUCUAAGUAUCUCAUGUUUUCCUCGGUGGCAGAACUGGAUGAAGCUAUAGAAUACGCCGAAACACGUAUCAGUGACGCCACGACGCACCCCUCCUUCUUACCCACGGACCAAAGCCCCGAUGCGUAA